AUGAAGUUGGCCCUUCUCCAAACGUUUCUCUGGUGCUCCUUUUCAGUUGUCGUCAAUGUGUCGUUCGUAUUGUAUCGUCGCCUCACAUAUCGACUAGUGGGAAAAGUACACGUCCUGAUGGAGCUGUGGAAAUCUAAGGUGGUGCUGGUGCACUUCCUGCUGCUGAUGUGCCUAAUGCGCAUCUUUUAUCAGUCCGGACCACUGACGCAGCUGGAACCGCAGAAGACAUUGCUGGAUAUGGGUGUACCACCAGCCGCCGAUCGCCUGGUGGUCUUCCUUCUCGAAGGACUCCGCGCGGACACGUUAUUUUCGGACAACUGCAGUGGGGCUGUCUAUAUACGGGAUAUAAUCCUCCGCCAGGGACUCGUCGGCAUAUCUAAAACUAGUAUUCCAACUCUGACCCGAUCUGCUGAAGUAGCCCUGUUCGCUGGAUUCAAUCCGAUGCCAUCCAUAUUGCCAACCUCUAAUUUCGAUACGAUUUUCAAUCGCACUUUGGCUUCCGACAAGGGUGUGGUUCUCCGUUUCUCCCAUCUAUCGGAUUUUCGACGCCGUCUGACGAAACGAGCUUGCUUGGAAAAGUUAUGGUACGCAAAUAGACUGGUGAUGCUCGUAAACCUGGCCGAAGUCGGUGGUGCCAGUCCCUUGGAUAUUGGUUUUCAAGUGAAGCUGCACAAUGCCCAGCGGAAUAUCCGAGAUGCAUAUGAGUUGAUUGAGGCCACCUUUAAUGACUCGAAAACAGCAUACCUUUAUACAUCAGCACACGGUCUUACACAUUUCGGCUCCCAUGGUGGCGGAUCGGAUGAAGAACGGGAGGCACCCUUCCUUCUUUGGGGUGCCGGAGUGAAACACAUGACCGAAAAUAUAACCUCUGACUUUGUGCUCAACAAUGGCGUAAGCAUGCAGCUCCACAAGCUGGACCAGAUCCAAUUGGCUCCUCUUAUGUCUGCCCUCAUUGGGCUACCGCCACCUGUUAACAAUCUGGCCAAUCUGCCCCAGGGCUACAUGAAGGUGUCCCGGGAAUAUGCGAGAAAGUCUGUACACCUGAAUGCUCUGCAACUUCUGAACCAAGCCAAGGCCAUUAUAAGACUUCACGAACGAGGAGUUUUCCACAAGUGGCUGCCAAAGGGUGAGGAUCUGGAUCUGCAGCAGAUUGCCUACUAUCAAAACCAGAUGGAUCACCUCCUUCAUAUGGGCUGGCGAAGUAAGGCGUUGGAGACGAGUACGCUGGCAAUCAAAGUGGCACAAAAGUCCCUGAAGUUCUACCAUGGCUACUAUCACAUUCCACUCGUGGUGACCACUGUGCUGGCUCUACUGGGCUGGCAGUUCUACCUACUGGUGAAGCUAUCUCAAAAUGUAAUGGCCCCCCAUUAUAUGCGCAGGGGCUACCUCACUUGGUGCACGAUCUUCCUGGCUUCGCUGGGACUUUUGCUCGGCGAAAUGGUCUUUUUGCAAUGGGCUCCGUUCAUGACGGUCAUCUGCUUGGUGGUACCCUUUGGCGUCUGGUGUAUGACCUGUUCCGCAUUACCCCAGAAUGGUGGCUGGAUCUUCGAGCCACUGAAACACCUAAGAUGGAUUGUAGCACCAGCUGCGCUAAUCAUUGCGUCGAUUUACUGCAACUGUCCCUUGAGCUUGGCCUAUAUCCUAUGUGUUGGCUUCUACAAUCGACGUGGCUGGGUGCAUCCUUCGCCAAAGUUCCUGGCCUGGUUGGCUCUCGUCGUUCUACUGGGUGGAUUCCUUUGGUCCCAGAGGGGAAUGCAGAUUCUAAUGACCACCAACUAUCGUGUCGUUCUGCAGGCGAUCAGCAUGCUGGUGGUGAUCGUGCGUCCCUGCGUCCUCAACGAGAAUCACAAGUGGAAGGUGUGGAUCAUCAACGGAGGAAUACUGAUUGUUGCCGCCAUCGGAAUCUUCCUCAAGGAGAUGGGCAAGCCGGUUCCCAUAUACCUAUUUGCUGCCAACUGGGCGUAUCUUAUCUAUGCUUUCGCAUCGGUGAUCUGCAGUUCGAGGACCACUCCCCAAUCUCGCCUAGAGUUGAUUCGCUUCAACUUGCUUACGCUGCAUGUACUAUUGAGUGAUUCAUAUGUAUCCCUCUUCGCCCAGGGCUUGAUCAUCGAGUACCAAAUGGGACUCGAGGUGCACGAGGAGUCCAAGGAAGCAGAUGAGAAUGUUAAGAUACGAACUUCCUCAAUGCAGCUACAGAUGUGCUAUCGCUUCGCUGUGUCCAUUCUACUAUACUUCUAUGCAUUCCUAUUUGGAACUGGCCACUGGGUAGGUGGCUUCACCUACUUGGCCAACUCUGCCCGAUUAUUCCUUCCGGAUUCCAGCAGCGGACUAAUGCCGCUGCUAGUGCUCAUCCAUUUGUUAAUUCCCACAAUAGUGAUUAUGGCCAGCGUGGUGGCACUGAGUUCCUUUGGACGACAGCAUAUCCGUACGAUAUUCUCCAGUUUGAUGCUCAUUUGCAACGCCGUCGUUUUGUUCUUCGUUGUGUUUGUUCCCCAUAACGCCUAUUGGCCAAUGGCACAUCCAUCUGUAGUUCAAGCACUUCUGGCCCAAUUAACUGUCAUCCUGAUCUUGGCUUGCGAAUCCAUAGUGACCCUCUUCUUUCGUGGACUUAACAUGAACAAAUGUUCAAACUGGAGGCAAGAAGCGGAUGAAUUUGAAUCCAGCUGCACCCCGAUGACCUCAACUACUGUCUAAUUGUCUAAUCAAAGUGCUAAGAAAUUAUAAUGUAAAACAAAUUUAUGGUCUACAUAUUUAGA